AUGACAUCUAAUAUAGAAAUUCAGUUAAAUGAAACUCAGUUAAGAGUUAGCUCUGUUCUAAAUAAAGAUAAUAAGAAUUAUGGGAAAAAAAAUUUAAUUGACGACAGUGAGGAAACAUGUUGGAAUUCGGAAGCAGGUUCUCCACAAUGGAUACAAAUCACUCCGACGAAAUCUAUUUCAUUGAAUAGCGUUGCUUUGAAAUUUCAAGGAGGUUUUGCAGCAAAACGAUUUGUUAUUGAAACGCGACAAGAAGAUGGAACAUUUACAUCAAUUGCUGAAUUUUUUCCUGAUGAUCAUGGCAAACAACAAAUAUCCUUUUCUCUUUUAAUUUCAUAG